AUGAGUAUCUACAACACCUACAAAGGGCGUCUGAGGAUUAUCGAGCUAAAACUGGGUGUGAGCAAUGCGUAUUCUUGGGUUACUGGGUGGAAACCUUCAGCAGUAUUUAAAUUGGUUAACUCAAUAAGGACAAAUGGUGUUCCCAGUUCGAGUCUAGUUGAAUUGACACAAGAACAUAUGAGAAAGGUUGAGGUUUUGAGGGUGAAAAUAAGGUUAGAAGAGGAGAAGGUGGAGAGGGAAAUGGAGAGGCAACAAGUGGCUGUAGUAGACAUGAAGAUGGCAGAGCUGGUAAGGUUGGUGGUUCGAGUGAAGAAUGGGGAGCAAGUGAGGCAGGUGGAGGGACUGGUGGAGGUGGCACUGAAAGGAGUAAUGGCAGGACAAGAGAAGGUGAUGAAAGCAGCAAACUGUGCAAGGCUUAGGACUUUGAAGGGAGUUUUGGAUGUUUUGAGCCCACUACAAUGUGUGGAGUUCUUGGCUAGGAUUAGCAUGCUUCAAAUUCAGUUAAGAUAA